GACACAGGUGCAUAUGAACCAACUUCUUCUCAGCUCUGGCUCUGCUUCAAGUCAAGCAGAAUGAUGAAGGUUCUGCUGCUGGCUCUUGUUCUCGCCCUGGUCUUGGCGAAUGGAUCUGCCCUGAAAUGUUAUAACUGUGUCCCCGGCACCCCUGGAGGAAGUUGUGUGACCACUCAGGAGACGUGUGGCUAUAAAAAAGACACCUGUGUGUCUGCCACAUUCACUAUCUCUCCCUAUUCUCACUUCCGGAGGUGCAUUAGCAUGGCAGACUGCAUGAUUCUUCAGUCCAGUCCCAAUAUUAAAGCCAAGUGCUGUCAGACGGAUCUGUGCAACACUCCGUAUAAAAGAGACAGACACGUGUGCAUGAACUCACUUCAGCUCGGCUCUGCUUCACAAUCAAGAAUGAUGAAGGUUCUGUUGCUGGUUCUUGUUGUUGCCCUGGUAUUGACAAAUGGAUCUGCCCUGAAAUGUCACAACUGUGUCCCCCGCACAAGUGGAGGAAGAUGUGUGACCACUCAGGAGACAUGUGGCUAUAAAAAAGACACCUGUGUAGCUGCCAGAUUCAUCUCUCCCUAUUCUUACUUCCAGAGGUGCAUUAGCAUGGCAGACUGCAAGAUUCUUCAGUUCAAUCCCAGUAUUGAAGCUAAGUGCUGUCAGACAGAUCUGUGCAACACCCCGAUUAUUUAAACCCAUGCAUAUCAAGCCUUAAAGGGAAAAAUGACCCAAACUGUGGCAUUUAAGUAGUGCAUGUCACACACAUAUAAAUUAGUAUAAUUAUUUACUAAUGCAAGACCAGUUUUAGGCUAAUGUUGAGUUAUAGGAUGUUACAUGCAAAUUAGUAUUAAGGUGAUUCUUUCAGUAUGGGCACUUUUUCAUAUCUGUAUUCCAUAUUCAUACUAAAGCUAAAAAAUUUGCAUGAACAAAAUGCUGCAUUAAGGACAUGAUUUUGCUACAGCUGUUUGUCAUUUCACCUGUGUCUUCAAGUCUGAGUGUUUAUUUCAUUUGUCACGCAACAGAUUCAGAAUGAACACAUUGUUCAUAAAUGACCCUUCACUAAUGUGUAGUAGGUCAUACAGGAAUUACAUGCAUAAAGAAAAUGAGAAUAUUGUGCACAAUAUAACUAGUAAAAUUAGGAUGGAUGUAAAUACAGUACUGUAUAUAAUAAAUCAUAAUUUCUUAAGUCAUAA